AUGUCAUUUCAAAGCAGAGCAACUCUAGAACGGCGAUCCCAAAUUGUCGCCGGUGUAAGAUAUGAUGAUCUGCAAUGGAUGAACGGCAGACAGGAGAAUGAUGCUCUCGGGCCGGAUGUCUGCAGGAACACGAGUGUUGUUGUUGUCGAAGCUGGUUGGCUCGGUGGUCAGGAGAGCGCCAAGAUGGACCAAGACUGA